AGCAAUAGCCUGGUUCCUCACUCUCUGCCUGUUCUCUUCUCGCAGCAUCCACACCAUGGAGAGCCUGAUGGAGAACCCGAUGAGGGCAGUGCUCUAUCUCAAAGAGUUGACCACCAUCGUCCAGAAUCAGCAGACCCUCAUCCAGACCCAGAGGCACCGGAUCCACGAGCUGGAGCUGAAAGUGGAGGAGCUCCUGGAGGAGAACCAGAGCCUCAGAGAUCAGCCAGCGAACGGCGGCGGCCACCACCGCCACCACCACCACCACCACCAUCACCAUCAGCAGCAGGAGGAACAGGAGCAGGAGCAGGAGCAGGAGCAGCAGCGAGAUCUCCAGCAACAUCACCAGGAUCCACAACACAAGCACCCCACCAUCAGCAGCACCAGGGCUGUCAUCCCCUGCAACCCAGAAAAUGAGAAUGUGUUACAUCAGUUCUGCUGCCCAGCAGCUGAUGCUGAUCAGAAGCUUCCCUCCAGUACUCCUUCUUCCAGUAAUGAAACAAUCUCUCCUGGAGGCAAAUCCAUUAACUCUGAGGCAGAUGGUCCUAUGAAAAUCCCAGGAGAAUGUGAAAUCAACAGUUCAGAUCGAUCUGGCAUGGAUCAAGUGAAAUGCUCAUCAGCUGAUGUCAAGGAGGGAAAGUCAUGCCGAAUGAUUCCUGUGUCCAACACAAUGGUACAGAAAGCAAGUCUGCACCAUACUGCCUCACCAAUGCGAAUGCAGCGGAGCAAAGGCACAGCAACAUGCUCGCAUUUACCCACCUCUGAUUAUGAGUUGUCAAUGGAUCUCAAAAAUAAGCAGAUUGAAAUGCUGGAACACAAAUAUGGAGGCCAUUUGGUAUCUCGCCGGGCUGCCUGUACCAUCCAGACAGCCUUCCGUCAGUACCAACUCAGCAAGAACUUUGAAAAGAUUCGGAAUUCCUUGCUGGAAAGCCGCAUGCCCAGACGCAUUUCUCUACGAAAGGUCAGGUUACAGAAUGCAGAGAGUUUAAUGGAAGGGUAUAAUUUUGCAGGAAUCCCUCUGGUGCGGUCGCCAUCUUUACCUGCAAGUAUCAGUGGGGCUCUGACUGAGCUUGAGGACUCCUUCACAGAACAAGUUAAAUCACUAGCAAAGUCAAUUGAUGAUGCUCUCAGCUCCUGGAGCUUGAAGACAAUGUGUUCGCUGCAAGAUGGCAGUAGUUAUCAAUUCACAGAGACUUUCAGCAGUGCAUCGAUGCAGGACAGGUCAGGAGGUGAGAUGGGGAAAACAGGACAAGAAAGCAGUGAUGACAAACUGGAAGAUGGCCUUGCACAAAGUGGGAGUACGCUUAUGAUGGCCUUCAGGGAUGUCACCUUCCAUAUCGAAAACAAAAACAUGUCCGUUUCUUCCCUCAUGGAAUCUGCAUCAGUUGCUAUGGCAAACUGUGAGAAUGCUCCACCAGAGUCUGAGCAGAAUGUUGUAGUUGCUAAAGAUGAGCAGUGUCCAAGGGAAGAGAGAGAGAAAGGUUCCCAAAGUUCUUCUUCAGAACAAGAACAGAUGAUCAUUCAAAAUAAUCAUCCUUUCACAGAACUGAAUGUUAAUAUCAACUCCAAUGGACUAGGAGGGGAUUUGGUGGGGCAGAAUCAAUUGGCAAUGCAGAAUAUUCAAAUUGACCAUAACAAUGGAAUAAUGCCAGAUCCUCAGUUGGAAUCUAAUCGUUUGGACAAUGCAGAACAACUCAGCAGCAGCAGUACAACCUCCAUCUCUGCUAAGUCACCAUCUGAAGUCUCUUCGAAGGAGGCAUUGCAUGCCAUGAUAUUGAGCAUGCCCAGAUACCACUGUGAGAAUCCAAGCAGCUGCAAGUCACCAACGCUGUCUACUGACAUCAUCCGCAAACGCUUGUAUCGUAUCGGCCUCAAUCUUUUCAAUGUAAAUCCUGACAAAGGAAUUCAGUUCCUGAUCGCCCGUGGAUUCAUCCCUGACACAGCAAUUGGAGUUGCCCAUUUCCUACUGCAGCGAAAAGGAUUGAGCCGGCAGAUGAUUGGAGAGUUUCUGGGCAACAGCAAAAAGCAAUUCAAUAGGGAUGUUUUGGAUUGUGUUGUUGAUGAGAUGGAUUUUUCUAACAUGGAGUUGGAUGAAGCUCUGCGGAAGUUCCAGGCUCAUAUUCGAGUGCAGGGGGAGGCACAGAAGGUUGAGCGACUUAUCGAAGCAUUCAGGUUGAAGCAGAUUUGCUCACUUACCAAUUGGCUUGGGCAGGUGAUGAUACCUCUUGGUUCUCUGGGAUUUUCUAGCAAUGGAUUGUCCAAGUCUUCAAAACAUGUAAGAGCACUUCGAUCAGUACUGCCCAGUGUGGAUGAUGGAGUGGACAUUCCUCGUGAGAUGGUUGUUGGUAUUUAUGAGCGAAUUCAACAGAAAGAAUUGAAGUCCAAUGAAGAUCAUGUGACAUAUGUUACCAAGGUAGAAAAAUCAAUCGUGGGGAUGAAAGCAGCUCUUUCUGUUCCCCACCGGCGGUUGGUUUGCUGCAGUCGACUCUUUGAGAUCAUGGAUAUCAACAAAGCACAGAAGCAGGCAGCACAUCAGCGAGAAGUUUUUCUGUUUAAUGACCUUGUUGUGAUACUUAAACUGUGUGCAAAGAAGAGAAGUUCUGCUACAUACACUUUCUACAAGUCUGUUGGCCUUCUAGGAAUGCAGAUUCAUCUGUUUGAGACUGAAUUUUAUCCUCAUGGGAUCACUCUUAUAUCAUCUGCUUCUGGCUCGGAGAAGAAGCAGGCACUGAGUUUCUGUGCACAGAGUUCCGAGGAACUACAGAAGUUUGUGGAGGAGCUGAAGGAAUCAAUAGCAGAGGUGACAGAGAUGGAACAAAUACGAAUUGAUUGGGAGCUGGAAAAACAACAAGGAGCAAAAACCCCUUCCUCAAAGAAUAAUGGAGCUCAGCUUGACAUCCGAACCAAACCAGGAUCUCCAGCAGGCAAAAAAGAGUCUGGAGAAAACAAGACCACAAACAACACUGUGGAGGUAUCAAUUCACAAUAGGCUUCAAGCCUAUCAGCACAGCUCAGAGGGGAACCAAGAGUGCGCAGUCCAGCAAAGCACCCUUCUUAACUUCAAGCAAGAAAACUCAGCUGUAUCAGGAGCCAUGGAUCAUCUCCCUGAAACGCUACUCCAAUGCCAACAGAUUGUGAAUGUCAUAGUAGUCCCUGUGAAACCAGACAAAUCCGACACCGCUCAGAAUGAGACACCUAUUCACCAAGUGGGAACAGACAACAACUCCACUAGCUCCACGCCUCGCAAAUUAAAGGAAGAUGGGCUUCAAGGAACACCUGUAAAAAACACUCAUCAGCCACCUCUUCCACCUCCACCCCCACCCUACAACCACCCGCACCAGUAUUGCCCUCCUAACCCUUUUGUACGCAGGCGCAGAUAUUCCAGUGGAUCACGAAGCUUAGUGUAGUCAGCCUUACACAAAGCAAUGAUAAAGCCAGAUUAAGUCUGUUUCUGUUUCAAAGGCUUAUAUCUACAUAAUUCUCCAAUGAAAUCUCCAACUGCCCUUUCCCUAUGACUGCAUCAUUCAGUGGCAGCUAACGACUCAGAUAUCUGUCACAUUGUAAAUAUUA